AUGAAUGAUGAAAAUCACACACCUUUAUCCCGUCUAUUGUAUAGUGAAGAUAGUGUUUUAAGUAAAUUAUUCGAUAUGCUUCAACUGGAUAGUAGUAACAACAAUUUGAGUAAAUUAUAA